UCACAUAAGGACACAAAUAAAGUACUAUCAAUCAAGUAGUAAUCUCAAGUGUCCUAAACACUAAUCAACAUUCAAAACUCUUUAAACAAUUACUUACUACAAUGAUGAAACUACGAUCUCUUUUCUUUGCCUCAAUUCUACAGCUACUAAUUCUCACCCUCUACUAUUCCACUACCACCUCAGCACAAAUCUCACCAGUUCAAUCUCCACAAGCCUCUACACCAGCACCAGGUUUCAACACAGUCCCCCUUGUACCAGUAACCCCGAGUGGGGCCCCCACCCCUAAUAUUCUCCCAAAAUCACCAUCCAUAGACAUUAUCCAAAUCCUCAAAAAAGCAAAAAGAUUCUCAGUUCUCAUUCGUCUUCUCAAAACAACUCAGUUAAUAAACCAACUCAACUCACAACUAGUUACAUCAUCAUCAUCAGAUUCUAGCAGUGGUGGCUUAACCCUUUUUGCACCAGAAGACAAUGCCUUUUCAAAACUCAAACCAGGUUUCCUUAAUUCCCUCAGUGACAGACACAAAGUAGAACUGUUACAAUUCCACACACUUUCCUCAUUCAUCUCAAUCUCGAACUUCGACACCUUAACCAACCCGGUUCAAACACAAGCCGGUGAUGACGCCAAAAGGCUACAACUUAAUGUAACCACUUCUGGCGGUAGCCAUGUCAGCAUGACAACUGGCACGGUUAAUGCAACCGUUACUGGAACAGUUUACACAGACAACAAACUAGCUAUAUAUCAGGUUGACAAGGUUCUUGUUCCUCUUGAUCUUGUGCUUCCUGCUAAAGCUCCUGCACCUGCACCGGUUUCUAAAGGAGAUUCAGCUAAGCCUGAUGAUAGAAGCAAGUCAUCAUCAGCAAAGGAUGACGAUGAUGAGAAUAAUGACUUGCCUGCAGAAGCUUCUGGUGCUGGUUAUUCAAAUGUGGAUGGAAUGUGGCUGGCUCUUGUUUUUGGGAUGGUUUUGCUUGCUGGUGAAGCAAUGCUAUGAAUUUGAUGAUUUGAUUUGGUAAUAUUAAUUUUGUUGUGCGCUGUUUCAGGUCAUGUGAGUCAUUCAUAUGGAUUGACAAUAUAUAUUUUGGAGUUUUGCUUUGUUUGCAUAUAGUAAAGGCUGAAAUUGUGUUUUGAAAACGGUUUUGUAUAUAUUUGUCUUUUGAUUUUGAAUUUUAUAUUUAUAUAUUAAUUGA